GCCAAGCGGGCCGCCAUCCACUUCUUUUCCGCUGAACAUUGCGUCGAGCACGGUCACGCAGAAAAAUCCGUUUCCAUCUGCGAACUUGCGCAGCUAGAAACGAUUCGAGAUGUCUGAGAGUUUACAAUUAAGAGGGACGCUUCGCGGCCACAAUGGAUGGGUCACGCAAAUCGCCACGAAUCCAAAAUAUCCGGACAUGAUUCUGUCCUCUUCACGUGACAAAACUCUGAUUGUUUGGAAAUUGACACGUGACGAAGCUAACUAUGGCAUUCCGCAGAAGCGCCUGUACGGCCACUCACACUUCAUAAGCGACGUGGUACUCUCGUCCGAUGGUAACUACGCAUUGUCUGGCUCGUGGGACAAAACUCUGCGGCUCUGGGAUUUGGCAGCAGGUCGUACAACUAGGAGAUUCGAAGACCAUACCAAGGACGUUUUGAGCGUCGCUUUCUCAGUGGACAAUCGCCAAAUUGUCUCCGGCUCGCGGGAUAAGACUAUCAAGUUGUGGAACACGCUGGCCGAGUGUAAAUACACCAUUCAAGAUGACGGACACUCAGAUUGGGUUAGCUGCGUGCGUUUCUCCCCUAAUCACGCGAAUCCCAUCAUUGUCUCCGCUGGCUGGGAUCGUGUCGUCAAGGUCUGGAACUUGACAAACUGCAGAUUGAAGAUCAACCACAGUGGUCACACUGGAUAUCUGAACACCGUCACCGUAUCGCCUGAUGGCUCGCUGUGUGCAUCCGGUGGCAAAGAUUGCAAAGCUAUGCUGUGGGACCUGAACGACGGCAAGCAUCUUCAUACUUUGGACCAUAACGACAUCAUCACGGCACUGUGCUUCAGUCCCAAUCGGUACUGGCUUUGCGCCGCGUUCGGGCCGUGGAUCAAGAUCUGGGAUCUCGAGACGAAAGAGAUGGUCGAGGAACUGAAACCCGAAGUCGUAUCCGCCACUAGCAAGGCCGAACCCCCCUUGUGCUUGUGCCUCUCAUGGUCUACAGAUGGCCAGACACUGUUCGCUGGUUACUCCGACAAUACCAUCCGCGUCUGGCAAGUUUCCGUAACUAGCCGUAACUAAGAAGAAUAGUUGAAAUAAAAGGAAACUUUUAAUAAAAAUAUCAAACCAAAGUC